UCAGAAAACAUCUGGUAUUAAUAUUAUGCGUAAUUUAACGCCGCCAUCUAUUUUGCUUCGGAUUCUAACUGGUGGCCCUCUUACUAGAUCGUCUUCUUCAACGUUUUCAAAUUUCAAACUGUCUUCGUUCUUCCCCAACAGCUACACAUUGUUUUGAAUUAAAAAAAAAAAAACUAGACAUUGUACCGGAGGUGCGCUUGUCCUCUUCGAAUCAAGUUGAAACUCUGAGCUCUAGUUUCUCAGUUCCAUUAUCGUUCCAGACUCAUGUGAUUUAGUGCACGAAACAUGUCACUUCUCAGCAGAUUCUUUUACAGGAGACCCCCCGAUGGUUUGCUGGAAUUUGUCGAUAGAGUAUACGUCUUCGAUUCAUGCUUUUCCACUGAGGCAUUGCCUGAUGGAAUGUACCAAAUAUAUUUACAUGAAAUCAUUACCGAGUUACAUGAAGAAUUCCCGGACUCUUCCUUUUUCGCUUUUAAUUUUCGUGAGGGGGAGAAACGGAGUCAAUUUGCUGAAAUUCUUUGUGAAUACGAUGUUACUGUGAUGGAUUAUCCGCGACAAUAUGAGGGUUGCCCUAUUCUUCCAGUGUCUUUGCUUCAACAUUUUCUCCGUGUUUGUGAGAGUUGGCUUUCACUUGGGCAUCAACAGAAUGUCAUCCUUCUCCAUUGUGAGAGGGGAGGUUGGCCUCUCUUGGGAUUUCUUUUAGCUAGCUUUCUAAUUUAUAGAAGACUACACAGCGGUGAACGGAAGACGCUUGAAAUGGUGCACAGAGAGGCACCCAAAGGUUUCUUACAGCUGUUGUCGCCUUUGAACCCGUUGCCAUCUCAACUUCGUUAUGUUCAGUAUGUAGCAAGAAGGAACAUAGCUCCUGAGUGGCCGCCGCCCGAGAGAGCUCUUUCUCUAGAUUGUGUCAUUCUCAGAGCCAUUCCUAGUUUUGAUUCCCAGAACGGAUGCAGACCCGUGAUCCGCAUUUUUGGUAGAAAUUUUCUCAGCAAGGGUGGGCUUUCUACUCAGAUGCUCUACUCCAUGCACAAGAAAAAGAAAACUUUAAGGCACUACCGUCAGGCAGACUGUGAUGUGAUCAAGAUUGACAUACAGUGUUUAGUACAAGGAGAUGUGGUAUUGGAGUGCGCCCAUUUGGACUUGGAUCCCGAAAGGGAAGUAAUGAUGUUUCGCAUAAUGUUCAACACAGCAUUUAUUCGAUCCAACAUAUUGAUGCUGAAUACUGAAAACCUGGACAUUCUCUGGGACUCAAAGGAGCGGUACCCAAAAGGCUUCCGAGCUGAGGUUUUGUUUGGGGAGAUUGAAAGCAUAUCUCCUCCAAAAGCCCCAACCACUGUGUUAAAUGGUGAGGAGAAAGGCGGAUUGCCCAUUGAAGCAUUUUCAAGGGUUCAAGAACUUUUUAGUGGCGUCGAGUGGCUUGACAGUGGUGAAGAUGCUGCAGUCUGGUUGCUUAAACAACUUUCUGUGUUGAAUGAUGUCAAAGAGCUUUCAAGGUUGCAAGGUAAAACAAGUUGGUACUCGUCACCUGCUGACUCUGAAGAUGAAAAUAAUGAAUCAAGCACUGCUGAUAGUUCAGAUGAAGCCUUUGAUGUUAUUCCAAAGUCUUUUACUGAUAUUUCCAAACUAUUGACGCCUGACAACCCUGAUUCAAUCCAUUUAGAUUUUGAAAAUGAUGGUAGGAAAGAUAUACAUCUUACUUCAGAACCUUCAGAUCCAUCGAUUGAAAGUGUUUCAGUGUCUCAUCAUGCUCACAGUUCAUCUCCACCGUCAGCUCCUCCACUUUGUCCGUCUCUUUCUAAUAUCAGUGGAGAUCCUUGCAUAUCUCCUAUAGCAUCAUUAGCAAAUUGCCAGAUCCCAAUACCGCCCCCUCCACCACCUCCUCCGCCUUCACCUCCAUCUGCCUCUUGCAAAACUUUGCUACCACCCCCACUAAGCCCUUAUCAAUCCACUUCUAAUCAACAAACAUUGCCACCUCCCCUACCCGUGCUGGGGAGUGAAAUGAAUGAGGUGCCACAACAAUCAUCACAACCACCGCCACCGCCACCGCCUCCGCCUCCGCCUCCACCACCAAUGCCACCUGCACUAUCAAAUAGUUUAAUUUCAUCUAAUGCUAAGCCUCUCCAAGUAGCAAGACCUCCACCACCACCUCCUCCUCCUCCUCCCACCUAUCCCACACCAACUCAUACACCUAAACCACCUCCACCUCCUUUUACAGUAAAGCCCUCAAAUGCUUCUCUUCCACCGCUAGCGCCUAGUCAAGGCACAAUACCACCUCCACCUCCCCCACCACCACUUAGUCGAGCUGCACCCCUACCCCCACCCCCACCACCUAGUCGAGGUACAAUGCCGCCUCUGCCUCCGCCUCCACCUCCACCACCUCCACCGCUUGGUCGAGGCACAACGCCAUCUCCACCUCCUCCUCCACCACCACCGCCGCCACUACCUGGUCGAGGUGAAACACCGGCUCCGCCUCCACCACCACCUAGCCAAGGUGCAGUGCCUCCUCCGCCUCCUCCACCGCCCCCACCUGGUCGUGACACAAAGCCACCUGUACCGCCAUUGCCUAGUCAAGGUGCAGCACCGCCUCCACCUCCUCCACCACCACUUGCUCGAGGUGCAGCACCACCUCCACCUCCUCCACCACCACUUGCUCGAGGUGCAGCACCACCUCCACCUCCUCCACCACCACUUGCUCGAGGUGCAGCACCACCCCCACCUCCACCACCUAGUCGGGCUGUAGUGCCUCCACUACUUGGUCGAGGUGCAACACCACCUCCACCUCCACUACCUGGUCGAGGUGCACCACCACCUCCUCCCCCUGUUGCAGCAAGGGGAUCUGGUGUUCCGCCACCACCCCCAUCCAUUGCCAAAGGCAAGCCUUUAACAUCAAAUCUUGGAAGAGGUCGAGGUUCUAGUGGGACUGCUAUUGCCCCUAAGAAAGCAUCGUUAAAGCCCCUACAUUGGGUGAAAGUUACACGAGCAAUGCAAGGAAGUCUAUGGGCUGAUUCAUCAAAACAGGAUAAUCAAUCAAGGCCCCCUGAAAUUGAUAUAUCAGAACUUGAGAGUCUGUUUUCAGCAGCGUCUGCUUCUGAUGUCAGCAGUACUAAAGGUGCCGGUCGGCGUGGUUCUAAUAUCAAUAAACCUGAGAAAGUUCAACUGAUUGACUUGCGAAGAGCAUAUAAUUGUGAGAUAAUGCUCUCUAAAAUCAAAAUUCCCUUGCCAGACAUGCUUAAUGCAGUUCUGGCAUUGGAUUCAUCUGCUUUAGACAUCGAUCAGGUUGAGAAUCUUAUUAAGUUCUGUCCCACAAAGGAAGAGAUGGAAAUGUUGAAGAAUUACACUGGGAACAAGGAAAUGCUUGGAAAGUGUGAGCAGUUUUUCAUGGAGUUGAUGAAGGUUCCACGAGUAGAAGCUAAAUUACGAGUUUUUGCUUUUAAAAUCACCUUUUCUAGUCAGGUGAAUGAUUUGAGAUUAAAUUUGAACACAAUCAAUGAUGCUGCCAGGGAGGUGAAAGAAUCUAUGAAGUUGCGUCAAAUAAUGCAGACUAUUCUUACUUUGGGCAAUGCCUUAAAUCAGGGAACAGCACGAGGAUCUGCUGUAGGAUUCAAAUUAGAUAGCCUUCUUAAAUUAUCUGAUACUCGUGCAAGGAAUAACAAGAUGACUUUGAUGCAUUAUUUGUGUAAGCUUCUUUCUGAGAAAAUGCCAGAAUUGCUAGAUUUUGGCAAGGAUCUUGUUCACUUGGAAGCAGCUUCGAAGAUCCAACUAAAAGCAUUGGCUGAAGAGAUGCAAGCGGUUAGCAAAGGUCUGGAAAAAGUUGAGCAAGAGCUUGCUGCUUCAGAAAAUGAUGGUGUUAUAUCUGCAGGCUUCCGUAAGGUGUUGAAGAAUUUUCUUGAUAUUGCUGAGGCUGAAGUGAGGUUACUGAUAUCAUUGUAUUCUGAAGUUGGAAGAAAUGCAGAUUCUUUGUCCCAGUAUUUUGGCGAGGAUCCAGCUCGGUGCCCCUUUGAGCAAGUGACUCAAAUCCUAGUUGUCUUCGUGAAGAUGUUUAACAAAUCAAGGGAGGAGAACGAAAGGCAGGCAGAUGCCGAAAAGAAGAAACUGGAGAAAGAAGCCAUGAAGGAACAGCGAACACCUGUAAAUACAAAUUUGAAAAAAGAUGUUCACUAGAUAAUUGACAAGAAGAAAGAGGCAUUAAACUGUUGGCUCACCUUCUUAAAGUUCACGGAUGUGUUCAUCAGACUUUGAAGUCGGAUCUAUUCCUUUUGAGAGGAGACACGGAGUGAAGAAUCCUUCCUGAUUGUUGGAUCUCCGUUUACUUCCCCAUUUGCUGGCAAAUGGGAUAUACCAGCAAGCUGUUUUCUGAUGUAAUUAUGCUACAAGCCAGCCUUUUUGUAGCA